AUGCCAACGACAUUGACCAAAAAAGCCGAGAUGCAAUCAUGGUUAUCAGAGAGGAAUAUUUCAUUUAAUAAAACUAUGCUGAAAUCUGAAUUAUAUGCCGUCAUAAAGAACUAUAAGCCAAAACAUAAGCGGUAUGAAAUAGAUCAGCUUUUUCUAGCAGCAAAUCAUAACCUUGUGCGACUACCACAAUAUCAUCCGGAUUUGAAUCACAUCAAAUCAGUUAGGGCCGAACUCAAAGACUAUGCGACAUUGCGACGAUUUUUUCAUAGAAUUUUCUUCAGAGCAGUGGAAAUCUCGCAAAAGAGCGAAGAAAUGGACAUUAUCGUAGAUAAUCUGGUUAGUGAUUCAAAUGAUGAGGAUAGCGACACUGAUUCAGAACAGGAAGAUGAAGAUUGUAAUCUAUCCGGAAUCGGUAUUAUAAUCUAUAGGCAGUAG